AUGAUGCCGCCAGAAUUAGCCCGAGCUCACUCGCAGGGCAGUGUGGUGUCCCAGACAACACAGAUUGCCAACCAAAGCCGGCCAGGUACGGCAGACCCUGUGCGAGCACGCUCCGAGGCCCUCUCACGGGCUAGCCGUCGUCCUCGGUCUAGAGGAUCAACAGCGAGUAUCCACUCGAGUACCACCCAGCAAACCCAAGACCAGCACCUCGACGGGUUCCCGCAGUUCAUGCCAUCGCAAGUCGGAUCAGGCCAGCAUAUGUUCAACAACCCGGAGGACAUGCUAAUACGGUUUGGGCACCAGCUUUCACAUCAUAACGGUGCACCCCUGGAUCAAUCGAUGCAAGACACCCACGCCGGGAUGUCUCGAGCCGAAGACUUUCCAAAUCACUCGAUGCAGGGCCACCCGCUUUCCCAUCAUCCUAUACAGCCCGAACUUGCAAACGGCUUGCCCAAUGUACCCGUUCCCCAAUACCAGCCGAUGUAUGAUAGUGGUGUCGAGAACCACCUGCCGGAUCACAUCCUGCGAAAGCUGCUUCGCCAGUAUGAGGGAUGGAGUCUCAAACAAAUGGCGGCUGAAGUCAUGAAGAAUGAGGGUGGAGGGGGCAAGGCUGAGAAAGUGAAGCAGGUCUUCGCGAUGAUCUGGCUGAGAGAAAAUUGCCGGAAGAGCAGUGGCUCCGUACGUCGUGAUCGGGUCUAUUGCUGCUAUGCAGAGAACUGUGGAACGGAACGCGUCUCAGUACUAAACCCUGCAUCAUUCGGAAAGUUGGUUCGCAUCAUCUUCCCCAAUGUACAGACCCGGCGUCUCGGGGUCCGAGGCGAGUCCAAGUAUCACUACGUCGAUUUGUCGGUCAUUGAGGAAAAGCAACAAAAGCUUGCGCCUCUUAACCCACAGAUUGCCCAUCAUACAAACGGCCCUGCUUCUUUGCCUUCCAGGGCUGCCAGUGCGAUGCGCUCGAGAAGUGCUAGCGUACAACAACCGACUGCCGAUACUGCCGUGUUCCCAUCUCCCACAACUUCCUUCGCUCCUCGAUUCCCGAACAAUUCAUCUUCUGCCGUCUGCAAUUGCCAAGGUCACACGCCAUCUGGGCCAGAUGCCACAAUCACCCGCGAUAAUGUAGCCCAGCAGGCUGGGAAAAUGAUACAUCAGAUGCUUCAGUUCCCGAUGGAUGAGAACACCGUGGUUGAUAACGAUACCCUUCAACUUCCCGAUAUCCGUGCAUACUUACCUGCAAACACCGACCUGAAAGUUGCUGCAGCUCUUGCUGCCCUGUAUCGCUCCCAUUGCAUUUCGGUCAUCGACAGCUUUCGGUAUUGCAAGGAGCGAAAUCUUAUGAAAUAUUUCUCCGCUUUCCAUGGAACAUUGACUGUUCCCGUUCAAAAGUUAUUGACCCAUCCUAACCUUGCUCCUUGGAUCAAGGAAUGCGAUUGGAUGAUGUACCAGAAGAUGAUUGCGUUUGUGGCACCCCUAACAACCCAGGUGGUCCCUAAGCCAGUCCUAGACGCUUUUAACUCCAUCUCACAACGGCUUUGCGGGCACAUCGCUGAAACCUUUAAGACCCAACCGACCCAUGUCUCCUUAGCACGCUUGAUUCCCGCGCAUAUCUUCUGCAAUCUCCUCAAGCAUAUGCUUGAUGUGAACCAGGCUGCCAAUGCCGCUGCUGCCUGGCUUUGCCACCCGGAUAACCGAAACCAAAUGUGGACGGACUUUAAGACUAUGGUAAAUCCUAGAGAUAUGAUGACCAAGGCAAACAUCCCAACGUGUGCUGAGCUAGCGACGGAGCAAAUUCUCAAGCAUGACGUUCGUGCGCUCUUGACUCCAUUGAAUGAUGCCGACCCCUCGGCAAGCCUGCUUUUCUUCACGCAACCAGAUAGCCCCGAUUCAGUUGAGGCGCACAAGUUCCCUGUAGAAAGUGCUCCGGGAGACGAGUACAACUUCCCCGACAAAUGGGUUCAGUUCAUCCUCAACAUCCCCGCUGCCUUUUCCAACCACCGCACACAGUGUGUCAUUGAAAAGGUUGAUGCCUUGUGGGAUAGCGUGUUGCACCGGCUUACCCUGGCCGGAGCACCAAGUUUUAGCGCGUGGUGGAUGACAAAAGUCUUCUUCCACGAGAUGAUGGUCUGGCAAGCAGAGAAGGGUGGGUUCAUGUGCAACACUCCUGGAUCACUGCAAAGUGCGACGUUUGGCCCUGAACCACUCGGCCAUUUUCAGAUGAAACAAGCGUCUGUUCCCGAGGCAUCCCCUUUUGAGAACGAUUCAAAACCUCACUCAAGUCCUCCUAUGGCUCACAGUGGUCACCAAAGCCAGCCUCCCAGUCAGCACUCGGAUUUCAAACACCCUCCCAGCGAGAAGCGACUCUCUCUUCAAGAGGGCUUCCAAGGACAUAACAAUGACGACAGCGCAAUUGACCUUGAGGAUGAUACCAUGUUGCUAGCAGUUGGUAAAUACGGUGAUAUGAUGGUCUCCGAUCCCGCAGAUGCCGAAGGCGAUGUCGUCGUCGUCUAG